AAAUUGGGCUUUUCCAAGAAAUCCACAACCCACCUGAAGUGUUAGAUUGGCCCAAUUUGUUGUAUUCCUACCGGUUAAGAGUCAUGGCCGUGAAAUUGGUCAAACCGUUUUGACCCGGUGGACUCCAACAAAUCCGAUUCUCCGACGAAGAUGGAGUACAGGAAUAAACUUGUUCUUGCUCCAAUGGUUCGAGUUGGGACGUUGCCAUUCCGAUUGCUUGCAGCUCAAUAUGGUGCAGACAUUACAUAUGGGGAGGAGAUUAUUGAUCAUAAACUACUCAAAUGUGAACGACGCAUAAAUGAUGCUAUUGGUUCGACUGAUAUAGUGGAGAAGGGUACAGAGAAUGUUGUUUUUAGAACAUGUGAUCAAGAAAGAAAUCAUGUAGUAUUUCAAUUGGGCACUUCAGAUGCUGUUAGGGCUUUGACUGCCGCUCAGUUGGUGUGUAAAGACGUUGCAGCUAUAGAUAUCAACAUGGGUUGCCCCAAGGCCUUCUCGAUCAGUGGAGGAAUGGGAGCCGCACUAUUAAAGAAACCCGACCUCAUCCAUGAUAUCUUGACAACAUUAAAGAGGAACUUGUGUAUACCAGUAACAUGCAAAAUACGCCUGUUAAGUUCAACUCACGACACUGUAGAAUUAGCUCGAAGAAUCGAAAAAACCAUGGUGUCCGCUAUAGCUGUCCAUGGAAGAAGAGUUGCAGAUAGACCAAGAGAUCCUGCUAAUUGGAGUGAAAUUGCAAGUGUUGUAGACGCUCUUUCUAUUCCGGUCAUCGCAAAUGGUGAUGUAUUUGAGUAUGAGGAUUUUGAGCGCAUUCGGGCCGUGACGGGCGCCUCGUCUGUGAUGGUUGCUAGAGGUGCGCUUUGGAAUGCUUCUAUUUUCGAUCCCGCAGGAUCACCCGUUGAAGACGUAAAAAGAGAAUAUGUCCGAAAGAGCAUUUUAUGGGAUCAUGAUAUCAAAAGCACUAAGUACACAUUGAAAGAGAUGAUAAUGCAUUAUACUUCUUUGGAGCUUCCGGAAGGAAAGGCUGUGACCAAAUCAGAAAACUUGGCCGAUAUCGCGCGUGUUUAUGGGGAAGAAAAGUAUUAUGAAUCUAUCAUCAACACAAAGCGAUUGGGAGUUGCAGUUGGAUCAAUCCAUGCUUUGAAUGGAAAGAUGGCAAUUUGAGUUUUACUUUGCAUUAUGCGGUUUUAGCGCCUCUCCCUUUCUCUAUAUAUAAUGUGGUGUAGAUUUUUUAUUUGUAAAUGUAAAUUUUAUGCUUCUAGCCUCCAACCUGAAGGAUCAUGCUUAAUGCUGGCUUGAACUGGAUUUGUAGGAGCCACAAAUUUUGGUCAAUUUAUAUAUUGUUGUAGGUGACAUCUUGGCUUGAGCUGGAUUUGUAGGAACCACAUAUUCUGGUCAAUGGGGACUUCAACCUUUUAUAUAUUGUUACCAGUGACA